ACUGAAACAGGCAAAUCAGCCAAAAAGUGAAAAGAGCUUUUAAGCAUUGAGUGACUAUAAUUGGUCUUGCAAAAGAAAAUACAACCACCACUCCGACACUCCUCCUCUUCACUCCACACACCCACCUUCUUCAACUUUCUCUCUCCUCCUCCCAACCUCUGCUGUUUCAGAUCUCCAUAACCCCAGUUUCUAAAAGCUCACAGAACACAACACAUAAACAAACCCCAUUUUUUCAUUUUCUGUCAACUUCUAUACCCACAUUUAUUUCUCCUAAAUAAUGACCAUCCAUCCAAAAUACCCUUUAUUUCCCGGGAAUUUAGGGAAACUUUGAGCACUAAUUUUACUUCACAAUCACCAAUUUCCCAUUUCCCAUUUCUUCAAAAAAAAUUAUGAGAAAGCAUGGAUGGCAACUUCCUUAUCACCCACUUCAGGUGGUUGCAGUAGCAGUGUUUCUAGCACUGGGUUUUGCAUUCUAUGUAUUUUUUGCUCCUUUUGUUGGAAAGGAGCUUUACCAGUACAUCAUUAUGGGCCUCUACACUCCUCUUAUAGUAAGUGCUUUUGGACUAUAUAUCUGGUGUGCAGCGUCUGAUCCAGCGGACCCAGGAGUUUUCAGGUCUAAGAAGUACCUUAAAACAUCAUGCAAAGGCAAACAUACCGAAGCAAAGGACUUAAAGCUAGGAGGGGGGUCUGUUUCGUCUAAGCAAUUUGCGAUUGCGGGAGAGAAUAGUAACAAACCUCAUGAUGGAAGUGUCAAGAGCGCAGAUGUUAACAUGGAAGAUUUUGAUGCUGAACAUGAACAAAAUGUUGGAUCAUCAAAUUGUUUAUCUUGUGUUUUGGGAGUAUUGUUCUUUCCUUGUACUUUUCUUUGCAACUGCAUGAGCUCAUCAGAAGAAUCUUCAGAGCAGCAAAUAAGUGAAGAAGGAAUGUUCUAUUGCAGUUUAUGUGAAGUUGAGGUUUUCAAGUACAGCAAGCAUUGUAGAGUUUGUGAUAAAUGUGUUGAUUGUUUUGAUCACCACUGCCGGUGGCUAAAUAACUGUAUAGGCAAAGGCAACUAUCGGAAGUUUUUCACCCUCAUGGUUGUGUCACUUCUAUUGCUAAUUCUUCAAUGGUCAACUGGGAUCCUUGUCUUGAUUUGCUCUUUUCUUGAGAGGAAGAGAUUCAGUGCAGAGAUUGUUGCAAAGCUGGGAAGCAGUUUCUCUCUGGUGCCAUUUAUUAUUGUAGUGGCCAUGUGCACCAUUUUGGCUAUGAUAGCAACCCUACCACUGGCUCAGCUUUUCUUUUUCCACAUCCUCCUCAUAAAGAAGGGGCUUAGCACAUAUGACUAUAUUGUAGCUCUGAGAGAGCAGGAGCAACAAGAAGUUGGAGGUGGACAGAGUCCUCAGAUGUCUCAAGUUAGUUCUCUUACGGGAUUGAGCAGUGCUAGUUCGUUCAACACUUUCCGGCGGGGUGCCUGGUGUACACCCCCACGGUUGUUUCUUGAGGAUCAGUUUGAUGUAGUUCCUCCAGACACUGGAUCGGUAAGUUCGUAUGGUAAAAAGGGUGCAAUAGAGGAACCAAUGAAGAAAAAGAAUCCAGCUGUAAAGAUUAGCCCAUGGACAUUAGCCCGUUUAAAUGCGGAAGAGGUUUCGAAGGCUGCUGCAGAGGCAAGGAAGAAGUCCAAGAUUCUGCAGCCUGUUACAAGACGUGAGGGUCCAAUUAACCUUGAAAGGGACAGCAGUUUUGGUAGUGGCCGACGGGUUGUCUCCAGAGUUGAUCACAAUAGAAGGCGAAAUAGUAAACGGGUAAGACUGCCCUCUGAUUUACCCCUUGAGCAGCUGGUGAAUGUAUCUGGUAAAACAACAACAAAAGCAUCAUCAUCAAGUAGCAUGGCUCCUCUCCAGCUAGAAGCAAGAAGUGCCUUCCGAACUAGCAUGGCUAUGUCGAGUGGAGCUAACAUCAUGGCUGGGUCCUCCCCUGAGAGCAGCAUAGACUCGCCUGAUGUGCAUCCAUUUCGUCUUUCCUCUUCUGGUGCGGAAGAAUCUAGAAGGCUUACUGGUCUGCAAGUGGCUGGUGGAGGUGUACUGCCUGGGAUUCCACUGUCAAGAUCGACCAGUGAUGGAUAUGAACCUUCUGGCGGAGAAGACAGCGAUCAGGUUCCUUCAAGGCCUGAGGAAAGGACAGUAAACUGGACUAGUUUACUCUUCAGGUCAAACCAAGAUGGAGGAACGCUCAGUUUAAAGGGACCAUCCGCAUUUAACCAGGGCAACCUUAGAAAGUUCUAAAGGGAUGAAAUUUAGUGAAUAUGUUGAUUUCUUUUCUAGGGUUUUGGAAUUUGGAGGGUCAAUUAUCUUUCAUUUGUGGGUUUUAAAGCACCAUCAGAAUCAGUUGGUCCUAUCUCCCAAGGCAUUGUGCAGGAUCUAACCUUGACUGAUCAUGCUAUUUUAGCGAUGUUUCUGAAAGAAAAAAAAUAUGUCAGGUAGAUGUUGUAGGGCAUGUAAUUUAUUACCAAAUACCUCUAUGUGUAGAAUUUUGCUAGGAAUGUCUAGGCAGUUUUCUUUUUCUGAGUGUCUUUGCAAUCGAAAUUUCCAACUGUGUAGAACUCUUAAAAAUAUCAACAUUAUUCGAAUUCUUUGAUUACCAAA